GACGGUCGGUUGACGGUCUGCUGUCAUCCCGUGUCAACAACUGUGUUAAGAGUGAAAAUUGUUAAGAAAAAGGAACCAUUUUUCGGGAAUUUGUCUUGGGUCAACUGCCCCUCAGGGCACCGUACAUCAAUUGAAUUUUGGGAAAGAAUACAGCUGAUUUUGGUCUCAUUUUCUCCUUAUUAUUGAUAUUCAGGAUUGAGAAUGACAGUUCAUAAUUUUUACAUGUUUGACCGAUAUGGCCAGCUCCUGUUUUAUGCUGAGUGGAAUCGACUUCGACAGUCUGGCAUUACAAGAGAGGAGGAAGCAAAGUUGAUGUAUGGGAUGCUAUUCUCUAUUAAGUCAUUUGUGUCAAGAAUAUCACCACUUGACAAUACUUCAGGUUCUAGGGAGGGAUUCCACUGCUAUAGAACAUCAAAAUAUGCUCUUCAUUAUAUGGAAACUCCAACAGGACUGAAGUUAGUUUUGAACACUGACAAUGUUGCAGUUAAUGUCCAUGAAUUACUCAAGCAAAUUUAUAGCCAAGUUUAUGUUGAAUAUGUUGUUAAAAAUCCUCUCUGUAAUUUAAGUGAACCUAUCAAGAGUGAUUUGUUUGAAGCACAAUUAGAUGCAGUUGUGAAACAGUCUCAUGUAUUUACUUCUAAACCAACCUGAACUUCAUGAGUAAGUUACUUUGUCACACUAUAAUGGAUAAAUUUAUAAUUAUAAUAAUGUUUUUGUUGUUUUUUAAGUUUCAUUGUAAAAAGUAUUUGAAAUUCCAAUAAAGAUUUCUUCAUAAUUUGGAAAUUACAACA